CUCUCUCUCUGUGGUUACUAUACAUACACAACAUCACAUGGUGGGUGUUGUCACUUUCCUACGGGAAUUCCUUUCUUUUAAGGAAGAGGAGGAGGGAGGCUGCUUUGAACUGUAGAAAGAAGCAGAGGGAACAGAGACAAAAAUUAAAAGGAAAAGAAAGGCGAGUGGCAGUCGCAAGGAUUCUUCUCCUGCCUCUCAAUUGCCUCGUUUCUCCCGCUCACGACUCUUCCCUCGGGAUUCCUGCUGCCUUCCCCUUGCUUCUGCUACUUAUAUACUCCAUUCCUUCGGCGACCUUGUUCCUGCUGUAUGCCUAAUCCGAAUACUUGGAACUACUCUUUCUUGGCCGCUGCAACCACAGGAAGUCUGUGUUCAUCUCCUCUUGGGACCCAUCUCUCUCUUCUCUCUGCUUCUACCUUAAAAUUCUCUCUGGAUAUCAUUUGUAUCUGGAGUUGCAGUUGGUACGUGAGGAAGGAAGAAGAUGCACUGCGACGGAGAGAAGUUGAGCAUCGACUCAGGCGAGGAAUGGCUACAGAUGAUGGGUGAAAGGCUUCGGAUCACUGCAAAGAAUAGCAGUAACACCACCAGCAGCACCACCACCACCACCAACACCAACAACAGUAGCAGUACCAGUAGUAACACCAACAAGGCCAACAUGGUUCGCGCCGAUUCCAUUACUUCCAAUGCUGCGAGGGUUGUUGACAAGCCAUCAGCGCAAGAUCAUCCGCAGGCGCCCCUGAGAUGCCCUCGCUGCGACUCCUCCAACACCAAGUUCUGCUACUACAACAACUACAGCCUGUCUCAGCCACGGCACUUCUGCAAGGCGUGCAAGCGGUACUGGACGCGAGGCGGCACGCUCCGGAACGUCCCCGUGGGCGGCGGGUGCCGCAAGAACAAGCGCGCCAAGAAGCCCGGGGCCGCUCCCACGGUGCCGCCGAACAGUAAGCACCCCCGCCCUCUUCUGCCUCCGGAUCCGGUCCCUUCCCUUGCGGCGCAGAUCUCUACCUCCUCCCACCUCGACGCCACCGCGAUUUACGCCCUGCAAACCGCGGCUUCGCCCUCGGACAUGAGCCUCAAUUUGCCAAUUAUCUCGAACGGCUUCCAUAUCCCGUCUUCCACGUCUGCCUUCGAUCUGCAGCCUCAUCUCGGGGCACUUGGCCUCGGCCUCUCGUCCAACAUGCAUCGCGAUGACGAGUACCAGUUCGGCGAGCUUCGUCCGUUGCUGCCGGUGAACCCGGCCAUGAUCUCGCUCUUGAACGACUAUCCACUCUUCGGGUCGUCUCUGUCGUCCGCGUCACUACUAGUAUCAGGCAUCAAACAGCCGAAACAAGUGGAGGACUACCAAACCUUGUUGCCCUUCGAUGAAUUGCAGGCCUCCGGGAUGGGCGAUAGCAUCAAUGGGAUGAUGAAGGAAGUGAAAUUAGAAGGGCAGACCAACACCAUGACCAACAACAACAUGAGCAGCUGCAUAGACUGGCAGAUUCCAUCGGAGAAUUCUUUGGAUAAUUUGGGUCCAGCUGCAGCAAUGUACUGGAAUGCUGCCAUCGGCGGCGGCGGCGGCGGCGGCGGCGCUGGUUGGCCAGACGGCACGAACUAUGGAUCGUCAGUGGCGCCGCUGAUCUAUAAGAGUAGUGGGCUACAAACUGCAUUACAUGUUCAUCGUGAUGGGGCUACGCGGGCGGAUUACCGGAGGGAGUGUGGAUCGGAGAGAUCCUGUCGGUUGCAAACGUCUCAAGCCCCUUGUGUUUUUUCAGUCAUUGCGGCAUCAAGAAGACCGUUUGCUCCGAGAGGAACCUCGGAUCCAUUCGGCUAAGAAUUAGACAUGUACUGUCCAUCUCCAAUUCGCACUUUGAUCACAUCAACCCUUGUGAAUCGCAGCCGAAGAGGAAGAAGAACGCAGCGGAGAUGGAGGAGUGAGUAGAUGGUUUCGCAUGUAUUCAUUUAUAAACUAGGCAUGUCACACCAUCAUCAUCUUCUUCUUCUUCUUCUAAUGUACUGGUCAUCGAGUCUUCACCUUCUUCUUUCUUCAUCAUCAUCAGUUGGAUUGAUCUAAGCUGGUGCAGAGGCCGAUUAACAAAUAAGUUUUUUCUUUCUUUCUUUCUUCUUCUUCUGCUUUCUUUUUGAUGUGUUAUGAAGAAAGGAUUUGGUGCAAUAAUCUUCAGGAGUGGGGUUUUGUUUCACUUUGCGAUGAGUGAUGCUUAGUGUUUGCAUUUUGGUCUUCCCUCCAUUGUAACAGGUUCAACCAUGGAUCAUGUUUCUCUCUCUAAGUUACUGAGUAGUGCUUUUGUUUGUUCUGAA